GUACAUAAAAAGGCACACCGCUAGCCUUAAAUCGAAGUAGUCUCACGACCCUUAGCCACAUGAGCAAAAUGUUGAAAAAGGAUUUCAAGAAACAGCGCCCUCCUGGUGACAACUUGUCGAACACCGUAAUCUCAGCAGCUAUGCCUCGGAGUGGUUCUACUUUGUGUCCCAUUGCGCUGCAGGGAUCUCAAUUCCGGGUAUAUAGCGCAAGUCGUGAAGAGUUGGUCCGCAUUUCAAGGUAUUGCCCAGGAAAACCAUACAUCGAGCUCCAAGUCCCUGGCGGGCUAGAGGAAAUUCACCGCAUCGAAUUCAUAACUAGAUCCCACGAUCAGGGCUUUUGUGGCGAGCCCGAGUUCGUGGGGACAUACGAAGGCUCAUAUACUUGGUUCGAGGCUAGUGUGUCGACACCUGCCGGACUUGAUCGUAUUCCCCGGAACUUGAUCCAGUGCAACGUAACUGCCAACUCUGAAUUCAAAACACAUACCAUCACCUGGGAUUUGUGCACCGCAGAUGAAUCUCAGCGGCAGUGGAUAGGACGGAUUCAAAGUGGGGACAUAAUCCGGAUCAUUCCGAGAGCUCAGUGGAAGUGUUGGGUCAACUAUGUUGAAUCCGCUCGAAUUGAUCUUCAUUGCAGGAUGAUUAAGGCCGCGAUCAGUUCCACCACCAUGCCUGCCAAAGACCUUACACAGACAGUCAGGGCAAUUCAAAAUGACUAUCAACACUACCAAAAAUUAGACAGAGACCGUCAAGAGCUGCGCCUUCUCGUUCUCCAGCCAGGUUUAUUGGAAGAUCCCAUCUGCUGUUACCUAAUCACAUCGUCGCUUACAAAAAGCCCUGCCCCAGUCUUCGAGGCUUUGUCCUACUGUUGGGGGAACAUGGCUGACACCAGAAAAAUCAAGCUCUCACAUACAAGUACUUUAGAAAGCUCCGCUCAACAUCAAGUCUUCGCAAUCACGAGUAGCCUUCAUGGUGCCUUGAGGCACCUGCGACACUCCGAUGGUCGAAGCAGAACUCUCUGGGUUGAUUCAGUUUGCAUCAACCAAAGUGACCUUCAAGAGCGAGGGGCACAAGUAGACAUGAUGGGGGAUAUUUAUUCACGUGCGGAUUUGGUAUGUGUAUGGUUGGGAGAAAGUGACGCAGCUUCCACCAGAGCAAUGGCGUUAAUUCGGGACGUAUCUGACCGAGACCUCCAUUGGGGUGCGCAAUAUGGUGAAGAUUCCAGAACUGCAUAUUACAAAAUACUAAAGGAUAUAUCACAAUUAUUCAACUACCCCUGGUUUGGUCGGGUUUGGGUACUGCAAGAAGUUUGGAAAGCAUGCAAGGCUAUUGCUUCUUGUGGAAAUGAUACGGUACCGUGGGAAUCCAUCAUCCAAACAAACCUCUGGAUGUUAGAAGCCCAUGGCGGAGGGUUCCCAGGAUUUAAUCUCCACACGCUACCCUCGAUUUGGACAAAGCUCGCUGGAGUUCGUAACUUAGAGGUCGAAGAAGACGCACGAAAACGGAACCCAGGAGUCGGACAAGAAAUACGAAACAUAGCGCAAACGUCGGAACAGCUUCCCUGCCUUGAGUUAUUGGACUUGAUCCUUGAAAGUAUAAGUUUAAAUGCAACUGAUCCAAGAGACAAGAUCUACUCCUUACUGGGCAUGUGUCAAGAGACCCAGGGUACCAAUCCCACACCAUUGGCGCUCCGCUCGGAUUACACCAAGACUACUAGCGAAACCUUCGUUGACUUCACCCGUUGGUGGAUUUUAAAACAUAAGUCACUUGUCAUUCUGUCUGCUAUCCACGCGCUCACCGGUCGAACUUGGCAAGAACUAGGUUGCAGUGCCUCUUCAAUGUCAAAACAAAGCACCUUGCCAGUGGAUCACCCUUCCUGGGCACUCUGGCAUGAAGGCGAUGGUAGAUGGGCAAAAAGAACGCUUGGGAUGUCCCGCUUGUAUAAAGCAGCCGGCAAUACACUUGUCUCGCUAGAAUCUUCGGAUAUUACGAGUUCACAGUUGAGCCUUACUGGUCUGAGAAUUGGUGUUGUUGCAUCAACCCACCGCUACCCGUUUUACAAGGCAGAAGAAGACGAGCUUUAUGGCGCCUAUAUCAGAUUGUUUGAUCCUGCUGGAUCAUACGGAACUUGGAAUUUUGGCAAUACCAAUGAUCAACUUCGAAAAGAGGAAGAGAAAGUGUUAUACAUGGACCAUUAUUUUUCUCAUUGGGAUACACCGCCAGAUACGCUACCCGACGAAGUUCCGUGGGAUACUAGAGGAAUCAAUUUCGGGAAUCGUUGGUCAUUUCCAUGUCAUGGGACUCCUUUGUUCAGAACUUCAGAUGGCUCUCUUGGACUAUGCCCACCAAAGACGCAGCCAAAUGAUAUCAUAGUCAUUCUGUGCGGAGGACCUGUUCCUUUCAUACUGAGGGCAAGGGAGGAAUGUGGGAGACAACUUGAUAUGACCGUGCAGUAUGAAUUCAUUGGAGAAUGCUAUCUCCAGGACUAUAUGCAUGGCGCUGCGAUCGAACACCAGCAGCGUUGCAACAUCCCCCUACAACAAUUUGUAUUAGUCUGAUUAUAUCUCAUAAUUCAUUUUCUGCCUGACGGGCUAGCACC